AUGGCCAGAGAGGCAAGCACAUCUACCCAUGUUGCCAAAGCAUGGCUGAAAGUCGCGGCCGUCGACAAGCUCUCUUCGUCAUCACGACACCAUUUGACACUGCGUCAUCCGGACACGCGAGAGUAUCACUCGCUGCUCGUCUUUUCCUUCCCAGCGCCGACUUUGAAUCACUCGUCGCAACAGCAAGGAGACGAGCGGUCAUCUUGGCCACUCCCAACUCAUGACACCUACUACUGCAUGGAAGCAACAUGUCCACAUCUGGGUGCUCCACUAGAGAAUGCCACCAUCGAAGCCAACGAUGCCGAGUUUGACGAUGAUAUCGAGGACAUGGUCGUAGUCUGCCCAUGGCACGAGUACGACUUCAGUCUCAGCACGGGAGAGUCGUCCCAUGGCAUCUCGGCUUGCGUUUAUCUAUGCGACGUGCGGAAUGAUACCCUGUUCAUACAAGCUCCCAAACCAGCAGAGCUAGGCGCUGAUGCUGCCUCGACAUGGGAGCUGAUCGAAUUGCGACCUGUCAGCGAAGCCUCACCCGCUGUAGCACAAAGGCAGGAUGCUGCCAAGUUUCUCCACCUGCAAGCCUCACGAACGUCACCUUCGGACGGUCAGCAGCCUGAAGCACAACAGUCAACCCCAGGGAAAGAAGAAGGAGCAGACAAGGAUCAGCAGUCCACCGAGUCAAUAGCACCGCCCUCACCACGACCGAAAACACUUGUCGAAUGGGCCGUCCUCGUUCUCAACACACCCGAUCCGAUCCAAAAGGUGGCAUACACACGAUUUGCGGCCAGAGCCUUCCGAUCCGGCGAGUGCAAGGUGAUUGGUGGAGGCCGAUGGAACACGAGCGACGCAUCAGCAGGACGUCGAGAAUGGAUCACAAAGCCGCAAGAAGCUGCACCGGAACGACCACCUCGAAUGAAGGAAGAAGUGCGAGUUCGUCCUGGGCAGGAAGGCAAACGUGGACGUGGUGGAACGGAAAAGAGUCGAAUUGCCAUCUUGCACUCGCUUGCCAACAUCGAACAAUGGGCUAUCGACCUUGCAUGGGACAUGAUUGCGCGUGCACCUAAGCUCUGUGCAGAGUUCUUUGCAGGUGACAACCAAGAUGGACCUACGCACAAGAUGCCGUUGCAGUUCUUCAGUGACUUUGUCAAGGUUGCUGAAGAUGAAGCCAAGCACUUUUCGUUGUUGAGGAAGCGACUGGAAGAGAUGGGAAGCUACUUUGGAGCGUUACCUGUUCACCACGGACUGUGGGAUUCGGCUAUGGAAACCGCCCAUUCGCUCACGGCAAGAUUGUCGAUCAUCCAUCUUGUGCACGAAGCACGAGGGCUGGAUGUUAACCCGACUACAAUCAACAAGUUCAACAACGCAGGCGAUGCAGAGAGCGUCGACACCUUGACUGUCAUUCAUCUGGACGAAAUCACACACGUUUCGGCGGGACACCGAUGGAUGACGUGGCUGUGUAGCAAUGCUAAGCCUCCACUGGAUCCGGUUCAGAUGUUCCGUCAAGAGGUGCGUCGCCACUUUAUUGGUCGACUCAAAGGGCCGUUCAAUGCUGAUGAUCGGCGCAAAGCUGGACUGGAGAAGGAAUGGUAUGAUGAUCUGGUAGGAGAGAAGGAGAGUACAUAUAACAUCGGUGUUCGCCGUAACGAGGUGCCUGGUGGUUGA